GUCUCUCCACCCUAAAUUUUAUAAAAAAAUUUUUUAUCAUGGAAACAGAAGAAUUUUCUUUUAUUAGUAAAGAUACUUUUAAUAAAAUUAUUGAUAAAUGUAUACAAAACAGUAAAUCUAAAACAUCUGAAAAGCAAUUUAUAAAUAGACACCUUUAUGAUGAAAUAAAAACAGUUCUUUUAGAUCAUGUUUCUACAUUACGGGAUGCAGACUUUCAUUAUUGGUGUAGAAAGAAUUUCAUUUUAUUAAAUACUGGAGGUGAUUCUGUUGUAUGUAAAAAUAAUAAUAAAAGAACAAAAACAGCUUUAGAUAAAGAAGGUAAAUCUGCUGAUUUUUUACCAAUAUUAGUCUUAGAAGAAAUGUAUAAAACAAUUUGUUUGGAGCAUGUACAAAAUGUUCAUUGUGGACAAAAAAAUUUGUAUAGAAAAUUAAGAAGCAAAUGGUAUGGGGUGAAAAAGAAGAUUAUAGAGGAGUUUGUGAAUCAUUGUGAAAUAUGUGUACCACGCAGAACUAUGUCCAAAUCCACCUUAGCAGCAAGGCCUAUAGUUGCGAAAAGAUUUCUUUCGAGAGUACAGGAAAAUGACGAAAAUGAAGAUAAUAAUAGUAAUUCUAUUCAUGAUAAACAUCAGAGUAAAAGUAGAAAUACAAAGUCAUUGAAUAAAAAUUCUAAAAACAAAGGUAAACAAAAGCAAGUAACUUUUGCUGUUAACAAUAAUCAAAAUAAAGAAUCAGAUUAUAAUCACUACAAUAAUGAUCUUAACAAAGAUUCCGAUAAUUUUAAUAAAGAUUCUGAUGAUCUUAAUAAAGAUACUGAUGAUUCUAAUGAAGAUUCUGAUGAUUUUAACGAAGAUGCUAAUAAUUUUAAUGAAAAUUCUGAUGAUUCUAACAAAGAUUCUGAUGAUUUUAAUGAAGAUCAUGCUAAUAAUCUUAAUGAAGAUUCUGAUGAUUUUGAUGAAAAUUCUGAAGAUUUUAACGAUCUUAGAAGUACUGGGUUUUUUACGUAUUCCUUAUGCAAUGUCUCGCCAAGAUCCAAAUGGUGCAUACGGUCUGGCAAACAAGCCUGA